CAAUCCUAUCAAAACUCAAACGGGGGGAAUAUCUUGGAACCCUAAGUCAUGGGUUGGAAGCUUACGGCCAUGUUUUUCAUCUUGUUGAUUUUCAUGUUUGUAUCAUUGCCACCCAUUUAUGCUUGUGCUCCUUGUACAAGUCCACACCCCCCCUCAUACCACCGCCCAAAACACCCGGGUCACCCUAAACCUAAGCACCCACCAAAACAUGGAGGCGCCCCAAAGGUAGAACCACCAUCCAAAAAGCCGCCAAGGCCACCAGUUAUUGUCCCACCAAUACCAAACCCUCCCGUUACCAACCCUCCUGUUACAAACCCACCACCUUCUUCUCCUUACCCACCUUCUGGUGGAGGCGGAGGCGGCGGUGGAGGAGGUGGCGGUGGCGGUGGUGGAGGUGGAGGUGGAGGUGGUGGUGGGGGUGGUGGUGGGGGUAGCACUCCUGCUCCACCAACUACCCAACCAACAUGCCCGGUUAAUGCACUUAAGCUAGGACUGUGCGUGGAUGUGCUUGGAGGAUUGGUGCAUAUUGGGUUAGGAGACCCUGUUGAGAAUGCUUGCUGCCCAGUGCUGGGAGGUCUACUAGAGCUCGAAGCAGCCGUUUGUCUUUGCACAGCCAUAAGGCUUAAGCUCCUAAACCUUAACAUCUUCAUUCCCCUUGCUCUUCAAGCUUUAAUAACUUGUGGGAAAAACCCUCCACCUGGUUUCAUUUGUCCUCCUCUUUAAGCGCCACAUUCAUUACUUACUAGGCUAUCCGUCACACUUUCUCUCCCGACGCACAAGUAAAAAGACAGUCAGAUAGUCAGUUCAGCUUUUAGGCAGGGUUGCCACCUUGGUCACCUAUUCUUAACUGUUCCAUUAACUACCAAAAAACCCGUUGAAAUUGAGAAAAGAAAAUCUGUACUUUUCCGUCAGUUGGGGUCGUUUUAUGAUUUCACCAUUGUUGUUGUAUUUUCAAUUGAUUUAGCGUAUUUUCCUUUAA